GAGCGGCGGCGCGAGAGGAGGCCGGGCACCGGGUCGCUCGCGGCCGAGUCGCGGAGGCGCUGCUGCUGCGGUCGCCGCAUCUCUGAGCAGCAUGGCUGACAGCAGGCCCAAGCCCGCCAAGUCCGCCAACAAGACACCCCCCAAGUCCCCGGGGGACCCCACCAAGGACAAGGCUGCCAAGAGGCUGUCGCUCGAGUCGGAGGGGGCUGGCGAGGGGGCGGCCGCUGCGGGCGCAGAGCUCAGCGCCCUGGAGGAGGCCUUCCGGAGGUUCGCGGUGCAUGGGGACACCCGGGCCUCGGGCAGGGAGAUGCACGGCAAGAAUUGGUCCAAGCUGUGCCGGGACUGCCAGGUGAUCGAUGGCCGGAAUGUGACCGUCACCGACGUGGACAUCGUCUUCAGCAAGAUCAAGGGCAAGUCCUGCAGGACCAUCACAUUCGAGCAGUUCAAGGAGGCGCUGGAGGAGCUCGCCAAGAAGAGAUUCAAAGACAAGAGCGCGGCGGAGGCCGUCAGGGAGGUGCACAAACUCGUCGAGGGCAAGGCCCCCAUCAUCGCGGGAGUGACGAAAGCCAUCUCCUCACCCACUGUGUCACGGCUCACGGACACCACCAAGUUCACGGGCUCCCACAAGGAGCGCUUCGACCCGUCAGGCAGGGGCAAGGGCCGGGCGGGCCGCGUGGACCUGGUGGAUGAGUCGGGCUACGUGCCGGGCUACAAGCACGCGGGCACCUACGACCAGAAGGUGCAGGGGGGCAAGUAGCCGGCCGGGCCUCCCCUCGCCUGGCCCCCUCACCACCUCCACUUCGUUACAUUCCUGUGCUCACCGGCAGAACUCGGACCUGGGGCUGGGUGGCCGCAGGGCCACCGGCCUCCCUCUCGCCCAGCCCUUGCGCCCCCUGGACCCCAGCUUUGGCCCCUGAACUCACCUUUCCUAACACACCUGCCUCGUCCCUGCCAGGAAGUAAACAGACGGCCCUUUCCAAAGUGUCUCCCAGAACCAGACCACACCGGCCACUGGCUCGCAGCAAAGUGGGUGUCCAAAGGAGCUGGCCGACAGGCCCUGUCGGGUUUGUGCUGACGAGGGCACCAGGGCGCCGACCUGCAGCCCCGAUGACACGGAGGAGCCCAGCCAGGGCCCCGCAGAGCCCAGAGAGCAGCGUGCAGGCAGGGGAGGCAGGCACACGCGUGCACACACACACACACGCACGCAUACACGCUGCACACAUGUGCAUGCACGCAUGCACACAGGCACACACACACGCUGCGCGCAUAUGCACAUGCACACACACAUGCACACGCGCUCAGGCACACACGCCCGUGGACCAGGGCUGUGCUAAGGGUGGGCGCUGAGCUGAGGGCUGCUGUGCAAAGGAGGGAGCCUCAUCCGUCGACCAAAGUGACUUGAACCAUGAAGUUACAGGAUUCUAAAACUAAGGGCAAUUCAUUUCAUUUCACUUUUCUGAGAAGAAAUAAGAAAUGGCGAUUAGAGUUUGCUCUCAGAACGGCUCAGGGAAGACUCAGAAUGGCCCAUCUCUGGGCCUCUCUCCCGCAACCCUUGUGCCCUGAGUCCUAGGCCAAGGAGACUCCUGGGCUCAAGGCUGUGGGUGGCCCGGCUGCCCCCUCCCUCCCCUUCCAGCUGGCCGCUGCGGUGUCUGCGAGUGGCCCCCUUGUCCACCCCUACCCAGGAGAGCAGAAACCGCAGGGCUAGACUGGCCCGAGGAGGGCCCGAGUCGGCAGUGUCUGCUUUCGGGGUCUCCGAGAGGCCAGAGGCAGGGCCUCCUGCUGUCGCACUGGCUCCUUGGCCACGUGUCCCUUGUGCGUGAAGACGGCCGCAGCCUGGCACGUGACCCGCUGGGCCCCAGGGCCCUGGUGUCAGUCUUGGGAAAAACCCAUGGCAGCCCCUGGGGAGUGCCUCGUGGAGCCUACGGCCCCGCCGCUGUCUGUCCCGUGUCCAGGGCAGCGGGCCACCUGGGGCACCCCUCCCCAGACACACGGCCGGCCCACAGCACAGGUGGCCAUGAGAAGGCCAGCACUGCCACGCACGCCGGUCCCUGCUGGGCCUGGAGGUCUGCCCCCCAUAGAGGGGCUCAGGCCAGCGCUGGACACGGCCCCCGCACUGGGCUCCCCGGAAUGGCAAUGGCUUCUGCGGGCAGCUUUGUCCUAAGACCCUGGGACCUCACUGCAGAAACACCUGGGAAGUGAGGGAUGGAACACAGGUGUCCGGAAGCACUUAGAGGACACAGUCACUGCUAUCUGGGAAGUCUGCAACUCGGGGAAACGAGGCUGCCCAGCCAGGCCUCGCUCUACUGCUGGGAAGCCGAAGGCUGGGGUGGCAGGUGGGCAGGACACCGGCCCCUUCCCUGUGCUCUUCUCCUCUAGGAGCUGUCAGGUGGGGAAACACGUGUGCAGACAAGAACAUGCAGAGUCCCGUGUCCCACACCCCCCUGGGCUGGCCUGUAGGGCAGCAUCGCCCGCCGCGGGAGACCGGCUCCCCAUGGCCGCGGCGGCCCUGCCCCCGGGCCAGGGAAGGUUGAUGCACGGUGGCCACCCUGGCCCAGCCCCGUGCUCUUGGGCUCCUGAGGCGUCCAGAGGCAUCCGGGCGGGUCUUGUGUGUCCCUGGCCCAGCUGUGGUUCCCUUCCCAAAGUGCAGCUCUGGAAACGCACCUCCAGCUCGGGGCAGGGCGGGCGGAGGUCCCGGGCCUGCUGCCCUGUAACUCAGCACAGAUGCGGAUCCCACACUCAGCACGGACGCUACGGACACAGGCAGGUGUGCGUCUCGCUGCAUGUUCUCUGCAUCACCCGCUCGCUUCCACUAACCGCAGUCAUCUAGAAAUCACGUGUCUGUCUGUGAGCCAAGGAAACUGCACAAGCCCGCCAGGACGCGGGGACGUGGUCGGGGCACUCCUUGCGGACGGCGCCCAGCCAGGACCGCAGCGCGCACGCGAGCACUGCCGCCCCCGUAUUUAUUUCUAUUUAACGCUGUAGGAGAAGCAAGCAGGCAGCAGCAGUCAGGUCGCCAAAACUGAAACCAUGUACGUUUAAAAUAUUACAGGAAGAGGUCUAUAUUUGUACUGGAGUAUUUUUACACCUGAGUGUCCUCAGUCUUAAGGUUCGAGCAGGUGGAAACCAGUCAGGAAGAGGCAGGUGGGGGCUCGGGCCUGUCCACACCCCAGGGGCCGCCAGCUCAGGGCAGGCCAAGGCGGCCCCUCAAGGCCCAGGGGCGGAGGCUCCACGGGAAGCCCGAUGGCCUAUGGUCAGGAGGCUUCUGCGGCCAUGUGGGUGGAGGGUGGCGGCGAGGCGCAGGCCCAUGAGGCCCGCGGUCACCGGGAAGGCCGCCGGUGCCGACCCCUCAGGACCCAGCGGGCACCCCCCGCGAGCGGUGUCCCCACACAGGCGGGCACACCCCAUCCCAUGGCACACGCGGGUGGGGACGCGCUGUCACCUGUUCCCACGGCACAGGCUGAUGACUCAGCCGCACUGUGAAGUGGCGAGACCGUCCUCAGAGCCCUGACCCUGAGCGGCCUCCCUCCACAGACCGACUACUGAGCGCUCUGGGGCUCCGCGGCUCCGCGGUGUGGCCUUGCCCGGGGAGGGGGGCCGCUGCCCUGCACUCGGGGGUGCUUUGGCUGACGCUCUUCCCCAGACCAAGCCAAACAACAAGGAAAUGCACAUAACUCAGACUUGAAAGGGAUCAUAGGCUACUAGUUUGUAUUAAGUCUUUUCAGGAAAGGGAAAUAAAUGUACAUAGAGACGCGGUCUAUUUUUGCACUGUUUUCUCACUGUGAGGGAGUGAGGAGAGCGUCGCCUGGUCAGUGUGCUAGGACUCGGAGCCGCUCUCCAGGAGCUCUGGGGGCGUCGGGGGUGCUCAGAGCCACUCUCCCGGAGCUCUGGAGCAUCGGGGGCUCAGAGCCGCUCUCCCGGAGUUCCGGGGGCAUCAGGGGGACUCGGAGCCGCUCUCCCAGAGUUCCAGGGGCACUGGGGGGACUCGGAGCCACUCUCUGGGAGCUCCAGGGGCGGGCACGGUGCUCCGCCCAAGCCGCUGUCCGAGGCCUGCUCGCUGUCUGAGGCCUGUGGUGAAACAGCUCGUGUCUGUCUGCAUACCUCCUCGUGUGCCCCCUGUUGUGAACAUUGUGUCCGGUUGGUGACAAAUAAAGGUGUUGAAUCGUGGCCUGUGGUCCUCCAGCUGCGCCGUGUGUGGGCAUCACGUGAUGCCACAGGGGCACGGACGUGCCCAAUAGGGCCCACAGGUCACAGCAGCGCCUGCCGCGGGCCAGGUGUGAGGUGGGGAGCGGGGUCUGGACACAAACCACGUCACGAACACCUGCAGCAGCCCCAGAUGCGGGUUGACGGCGCCUUCAGGAAUGACAAAAAGGGUGUUUUUGGACCAUAAUGGGGGGCACGCCAGUCAG